GUCCGGUUGGGGCCGAUCAAGGCCACACGCUUGCCCGUGUUGUUCAAGAGCGGAGCAGGAAACCCGCAACCCGUCAUUUAAGUAGCACUCAUCUCUCCCUCCUUCCUUCCCCUUAUGAGCAACUAGGGUGUAAGACGCUUUAUUUCCGAGUCUCUUCGCUGGUUUCUAGGUCGCAUGUCGUUAUAUCGCAAAUUAGUAUUUUGUUGAGUCUAGUAGGGUAAUUCUCAGUGAUGGGCCGUAUUUACAUAGCAGCGAUGCCCUUUCGGUAGUUGCUGUAGUCCGGCGCUGACACGGACCGGUGGCGGUACCUUUGUUCCGGACUCCGAGCCCAGCUGCUAUGAGGCGCUUCACCUCGUCCUGAUUAACUUGUUACUUGGCAGAAACGCAGUGUGAAUUAACCGCCAUGCUGAAACGUGGGGUGGGGGGCAAAUCGAGCUAUAGUCCGUACUCAGUUACAGACUACAGGAGCAAGAAGAGCGAUCCUAAGGGGAAAAGCAAGCUGGACAUCCUGCCGAAUAAACCCAACGUGUGGCUCAAGCAGCUGUCAGUUCUCCAGGAACAGCCUCCCCAGGAUGGGCUGGAUCCCCUCAACGCUUCCCCCUCCAGCCACCCGAACCCCUCCCCCUCCUGCCCGGGGACCCCCGUGACCCAGCAUGCCCGGCUGUCCGGGAGCGCUUCCCCCAUGGCCACCCUCAGGCGUUCCUCCACCUGCCACCAAUCCAGCACCGCUGGCUUCCCCGUGCAGUCCUGGGUUUUCAGCAAAGGCCUCAGAAGAGCCGCCGCCGCUCAGGACGUCCCCCCAGACUGUGGUGAGGGGCCGGCAAUCGAGGCGGAGGACAUCCCCACGCUGCUCCAGGAGGUGGCGUGCUUCGCAGAGGCCGUGGAGAAGCUGAAGGACGUGGUGCUGGCAGAAGAUGAGCGGGAGAACCGGCAGGCCCUGGCUCACGAGUGUCUGGGGGAGGUGCUGCGGAUCCUGAGGCAGGUUUUUGGUGCAUACCCCCUCCUCAACACAGUGGAGACCCUCACUGCAGCUGGCAGGCUCAUCUCCAAGGUCAAAGGGUUCCACUAUGAAGGCUGCAGCGACUUGGAGAACAAGGACUUUGAGAAGGCUGUGGAGAUGAUCGCCGUGGCUUUCAGCAGCAGUGUGUCAGAGUUGCUGAUGGGUGAGGUGGAUAGCAGCACCCUGCUCUCCCUACUGCCUUCCGAGAGGAGCAGGUCUUUGGAGAACCUGUACGGAUCUGUGUCGGGCAAGGGGCCAAACUCAACGUUAAGUCCGAACGACCCUCCACAUACCACCCUGAGCGCCGAGGAGGUGGACAUCGUCCUGCAGCACAGCGAGGGGGGGGUGGAGUCCGCCCUGAGCUAUGCCAAGGGGCUCUCCAAGUGCAUGAAAGACGUGAUUGGCUACGUGGAGAAAAGAUCAGCUCUGGAGAUGGAAUUUGCCAAGGGCCUGCAGAAGAUCUACCAAGCCUGUAAACCAAGCUUUGAGCAGCCACACAUGCCAUUCAUGUCCACCUAUAACCUGGCUUUGGAGCAGGACCAGGAGCAGAGCUUGGGGGUUCUGCAGGCCUCGGGGACCCUGCAUAUCCAAAACUUCAUCCAGCCACUGGUGCAGCGCAAGUUUGAUCAUGAGAAGAAGUGCAAGGAGCUGAAAGAUGUGUGGCAGCGCGCCCGCAGGAAGCUGGCGGAGGCCGAAAGCAACCUGCGCAAAGCCAAGCAGGUGUACCAGACGCGGUGUGAGGAGUACGACAAGGCCAAGGCGGCGGCCAGCCGGGCUGAGGAGGAAGGUGGCGGCUCGGCGGUCAAGACGCUGGACAGGAAGCGGAGGCAUGAGGAGGAAGCGCGUGGCAAGGCGGAGGAGGCGGAGGCCACGUACCGCACCUGCGUCGCCGACGCCAAAACCCAGCACCAGGAGUUGGAGGACACCAAGGUCACCGUGCUGCGGCUGAUCCAGGACAUCAUCAGGCAGAGCGACCAGGCCCUGCGAUCCGCCACUGUGUCCUACUGCCAGAUGAUGCACAUGCAGACGGUGGCCCUGCCCGUGCACUACCAGGCCCUCUGUGAGAGCAGCAGGCUGUACGAGCCGGGCCUGCGCUACGCUGCCUACGUCGAAGGGCUGUCGGCCGCCGAGGAGCCGGAGGUGCAAUACGACUUCGAGCCGUAUGUCUCCCCCAUGCAGUCUGGCAAACCCUGCACUGACAGCAUAAACGCAGAGAGCCAUGAUAGUGCUGAAUCCUCGAGCCUGGCGGGUCGCAGCGAAGGCGUUUCCGCUGCCUGCAAUAAGCAGAAAUACGGGCGGGGCCACCAGCCCAACAAAUCGUGGCCUACGGUAGUGAACGACACAGACAGCAUGGGUGAGCGCAGCAGUUUGGGAUCGCCCACGAGCAGCACAGGGGAUGUCAGGAUGGUUCCCAGGACCCUCUCCAGUGGGACCAUGUCCUCCACAGAGGAGCUGGAUGACAAAGAAAACAACGUUGUGUCUUUUGAACACAGCAUGAAUGGCAUCGAGCCUGAGAUCGCAGCGCCAACGGGGCCGUUCCGCAAUGUGGGCCUGUCCAAGGCUGCGCAGACGCACCGACUGCGCAAGCUGCGCACGCCGGCCAAGUGCAGGGAGUGUGACAGCUACGUGUACUUCCAAGGGGCGGAGUGUGAGGAGUGUCUGCUGGCCUGCCAUAAGAAGUGCCUGGAGAGCCUGGCCAUCCAGUGUGGGCACAGGAAGCUGCAGGGGCGCCUUCAUCUCUUCGGACGGGACUUCAACCAGAAUGCCCACUGCAGUGCUGAGGGCGUCCCCUUCAUCAUCAAGAAGUGCAUCCUGGAGAUCGAGAGCAGGGCGCUGAAGAUGAAGGGUAUCUACAGGGUGAACGGGGUGAAGACGCGUGUGGAGAAGCUCUGCCAGGCCUUCGAGAAUGGCAUGGAGCUGGUGGAGCUCUCGCAUGCCUUCCCACAUGACGUCAGCAACGUGCUCAAGCUGUACCUGCGGCAGCUACCGGAACCCAUCAUGCCGUUCCAACUCUACAGCCGCCUGAUGGGUUUGGCCAAGGAGAGCCUGCAGGCAGAAGCUCCUGACAGAGAGGAACCUGGGAAGGGCCUGGCGGACCUGGGCUCAGAGAUGGACUCUGACAUCCUGCUGCUCGUGGACAAGCUGCGGGAUUUGAUGAAGGAGCUACCGCGGCCUAACUUGGCCAUUCUGCGCUACAUCGUAAGCCACCUACGAAGGGUGGCGGCGUUGGAGGAGCACAACAAAAUGAGCCCCAGCAACCUAGGCAUUGUGUUCGGGCCCACGCUGAUGAGGCCGCGGCCCACUGGGACCACUGUCACGCUGUCCUCGCUGGUCGACUACCCACACCAGGCCCGCAUCGUGGAGAUGCUUGUGGUCUUCUACAGCUUCGUCUUUCCGGUCGGAUCUGGUGACUCGAGUCAGCCCACCUCCCCGAUCCACAGUCGCGUCACUAACACAGAUCCAUGUGGCAAGCCUCUGGGCCGCGCGGACUCCUGUGAGGGAUUCCUUGACUCGGACGGCGACCCUAAACUGCCAGGAAGAGGAAGCCAGGGUGAUCCUCACAGUCUGGAUGGACAGGAGAAGGUGACGUGCGCUGUGGGUGACCCACCAAGUCCCACAGGAAGCGGGGACCUCCCUGGGCAGCCCCCCAUCUCAGGCAGCGACCCCCACUGACGAUAGACUCAUGGGAAGCUGGAGAACCUGCCUCCUUCCUGGGAGAGUGUGAAGUCACACCGCCUGGCCCCAUGUGACGCGUGGGAUGAUUCCAUGACACAGGAUUAGAGGAUCUGUGCUCAUUUUCGAGCUGCCUAACAGUUACCAGUGACUUAUGCAUUCAUAGCUCUUCUGUCUGCUUAUCUUCUGCACCUUGCAAUUUUUUUCCACAUGCCCAAAUCCAUCCAUCAAUCUUCCAAAACCAUUCAUUCAGGACGGGGGAAUGUGUCUGGAUCUCAGGCAGCACGGAGGACACCCCAGAAGGGAAGCCUGCCUUUUUCAGGACCCCACGCAUUCAUACCACAAGGACGGUUUGCAGACACUGAUUCGAUCAUCUCUGUGAUUUUGGACAGUGAGAGAAGUCACACUGGGGGAAAAUGCAAGGACUGAACAUGCAGUGCCAGGCAGGCGUGGUGUAAAGCACAGUGCCCACUCACGCAUCCCAGUGUUACACAUCUCACAAAUACUCCUUUGAGAACAGAAACAUUCUGACAUACAUCUUCCCAGCCACACAGUUUACUUGACGGGGCACAAAUAAUAUAGUACAUAUUAUGCUAUUACUUAUGCAUUAAUUAACCACAAACUAAGUCUUAGUAACAUACUGGUGUCAUGAUAAUUCAUUAAUGAAUCAAGAGAUGUUUUAUCUCAGGCAGUUACUAUAUUUGUUACUGUACUUCUGUAAAUCCUGUGAACUACUGAAGAAGCAAAUAAUGAAUAACACAAGUGAAAUACUGAUCUCAUGUUUGUUCAUUAAUUUGUGACACAUCUUUUAUCUCAAGUAGCAACUAUAUUUGUUCAUGAUUUGUACUGCAGUAGUAAAUUAUUUUAUUACUUAGUAUCUGUGCCCUGUCAAGUAAAGUGUUAGCAUCUUCCCAAUGCCCUGCCAAAGGGAAUCCCGUAUUUUCCCCUAAUAAUCCUAGAGGCAUUGUUAGGUACUCAGUAAAACCACUGUAGUCUUGGCCUCUUCUGCAGUAAGGAGCACAGGAGGCAGAAUAAGAAUGUUUGUUAUACAACUGCAAACUUUAAGUACUUUAAGUGGAAAGAGCCACACUCUGCUCACUGACUGAUUUUAUGCUGCUAGGCUAUUUUUCUACCAGUGAUAUUGACUCUGUCACUAGUGUGUCCCCAUUCACUAGUAUGAACUUUGAUAAGGUGUUUUCAUUGGUUCCAGUAAUGAUUUACGGCUAUUGGAAGCUGGACCCCAUACUGGACAAGGAGCUGUAAGAAAAAGGGAUGUAUGGACAAACAUAAAUGAGGACUUGCAAAAUUGCCCAUAGGUGUGCAUGUGUGAAUGAAUGGUGUGAGGUUGCCCUGUGGUGGGUUGGUGCCUCAUCCUGGGUCAUUCCAUGCUUUGCACCCAUAGCAUCUGGGACAGGCUCUGAACCCCCGGCAACCCUAAACAGGACAAUGGAUGGUAGACAGUACCCUUUAUGCUAAAAUGCAACAAAAUAAUAAGAUGUUUUAGCACGCUUCAAAUUCUUUGGUGCUGUAAGCAUUUUGUUUUCAGGAAAGUCUGGCUGAAAUUUAGUAUAAUUUGAUAAUUUACAGUCAUAGACUUUGAUCUUGCUGAGCAACUUCUGAAAAUCAAUAUAAAAACUAUGAAAAUUUUGGCCAGGAAUACUUACAAUGCAUCACAAGAUAAAAGGAUGAAUGCAUGAAAAAAGGCAAUUUUUAAAUUUUCCCCAUAGCCAAGAACCACCUUAAUGUGCAUCUUCAUCUGCCUGUAGGUAGUGGCAGGUACAGUUUGCUUGUGUAACAAAUCAGCUAGUGUAGGUGGGACAAAAGUCAUCCAAUAUAUUCUUCUGCUCAUUUCCAUCAUUUAAAAAAAUGGAUUAAUCAUUCCCAAGUGGUUCCCAGUUCAGACCAGUCUGGCGAGCUCAUACUGUACAUCAGGGAAGCAAAUAAGGUAAGUAAACAUUGACUACAUCCUAUUUUUUAAAAUUGCUAUAUUGCCUCUUGAAAAUUAGGCCAAAACUUUAGAAUCGUUCCAUUAAUUAGUAAAACCAAAUCAGAAAGAGGCUGGGGAAAAGUAUUUUGUUACAUUGGACAUAGCAGCAAAACUGUGUGUGUGCGUGUGUGUGUGUGUGUGGUUUAGGUUUAUGUUACAUUGUGGGGACCAAAUGUUUUUUUGAUAUUGUGGGGACCGUUUUUCAGGUCCCUUCAAAGAUCUAUGAGUGCGAUCAAAAAAAAGUAAAAAUGCCAAAAGUCUCGUAUUUUGUUUGGUUACUUAUGGUUAAGGUUAAGGCUGGGGGGGGGGGUUAAGGUUGUCAUGUUGGGAUUAGAGUUUUCCCCAUAGAAUCGAAUGGAAAGUCCUCACAAAGAUAUAAUUACAAACCUGUAUGUGUGUGAAUGUGUGUGUAGAGCAGGAGAAGGUGUUGAUUUCCUUAAAUAGCGUGGCCGUCUGCAGCCUGCCAUCUCUGCCACACCUGAUGUACAGCCUGCUGCCCUCUACAUCCAUCCAUCCAUUUUCCAAACCAAUUAUCCUACUGGGUCCGGAGCCUACAUUGUCCUGGAAGCAAUGGGCACGAGGCAGGGAGCAACCCAGGAUGGGGGGCCAGCCCAUCGCAGGGCACACUCACACACCAUGCACUCACACAUGCACACCUACGGGCAAUUUAGCAACUCCAAUUAGCCUCAGCAUGUUUUUGGACUGUGGGGGGAAACCGGAGGAAACCCUACAAUGACAUGGGGAGAACAUGCAAACUCCGCACACAUGUGACCCAGGCGGAGACUCGAACCCGGGUCCCAGAGGUGUGAGGCAACAGUGCUAACCACUGCACCACCAUGCUGCCCCCCAGCAUCCAAUGCUUCUUAUUACUGCUGAGGCACUUGCCAAGAGAUUUACUCAGGAUGAUUUGCAAUUGAGUUAUUUACAUAUGUUUGAGAAACACGCUGAAUUGAAUCGGCUUAUUGUUGAAAUGAGUGCAGGGAGGGAGUGAGACCCAAAAGCAGCACCCAUUCAUUUUUUCCAUUCAGCCCUGACCUGCUAAAUGUGCCGAGCAGCGUAUAAAAGGGAAAUAGACACAGUGAAUAAAACCACUUAUUGGAUUAUGUGUUGUAAUAGCAUUCGGCUAUUUAGUAAUAAGGGCGUGCUAUGCUUGUCCCGCAUUUUGGAAAUUCAACACGGUUGCAUUUUCCCUGGGAGUCCACUCUAUUGAGGACACCACGUGCCGGGCCAUACCGAAAUAAAUGUUCUCAUUUAAAAGUGUAUAAACAGAGCAUAUUAACUGAGCUUACUGUACAAGCAUGUUUGUUUAAAUGCACUGUAGCAGAGCCCUGCUGGAUUGCGGAUUUCUGAGCGCUGUACCAUAAAUCA